AUGAAUCGCACUUUAAUUGCUUUACUCUGCCUCACUGCAGUUUUUGCUACUAGAAUCCUUUAACACGAAUGUGUCCACGAUGAUAUUGCUGAAACUUUCAAAUACGAUGUUUAAGACUUAAAUUUAGAUGACGAUGCUAACAGAAGAUUACAAGGCACUGCUCCUAGAAACAUUAAAAUCACUUACGAUAUGAGUUUCUUUAACAACCUCAAUAUGACUGACCCUGUUAAUGUUGCAUUCAAGUAAAAUUCUGAAAAGGCUCUUAAGGUUGCUCUUCAAUACUUCAGUGAUUUACUCACUAUUGUUCCUAAGCCUGCUGGUGCUAUGAAAUGGAAUUUAGGUCCUACCUGUGGAUUGGUCACUGUUCCUGAUGCUGAUAAAACUACUGAUAAAGAUAGUGAUCUCCACUUAUAUAUCUCCUACACAGAUGAACCUACUAAAACUUUCCUUGCCUAUGCUGGCUGGUGCAGAUUCUUGAGAGUUUUAGGUCCUUCUCAUGGUACAGUUAAUUUCAAUCUUGGUUUACUUAGAAACUACUAAUUCUCUAACCCUAUCGUUUUCAAUGACUUAGUACAAAUAGUCACUCACGAAAUCACUCACGUCCUCGGUUUUUCUGGAAACGAUGUUUAAUAUUGGGUCAAUUCUGCUAAAUAGCCUCAUGUUAACCCUACUUCAGUUUAGCUCAUCAGAGGUUUGAAUUCUACUGUCCUCCAAACUCCUAAUGUUUAAGCUUAUGCUAGAUAAUACUAUGGCUGCCCAAAUCUUGCUGGUAUGCUCUUUGAAAAUCAAGGAGGUGCUGGUUCUGCUGGAUCUCACUGGGAAACAACAGUUAUUAACAAUGAAUACAUGAACGCUGCUAUUUCUCUUACUCAAGGUUUCUUCUCAAAAUUCACUACCUCAUUGUUAAGAGAUACUGGUUUCUACUCAUCAGUUAAUGCUGCUCUUGAAGAACCAACUUUCUAUGGAAAAGAUGCUGGUUGCACUUUCGUCACUGGAGCUUGUGACACAAAUAAGAGAGAAUACUGCUCUGCAGGAACCUAAAAGUGUGAUUAUUACUAUUAUGCUGUUAGUGCCUGUAACCCAACUACUUUUAGUGAUGUUGGAUGCAACAAUUAAUAAGCCUACAGCAAUGCUAAAUGCUAUGAACCUAAUGGAAAUUUCUAAAAUAAUCCUACUUAUAUUCAAAAGCUUGGUGUUGGCUUUGGUUAAUCAUCUAGAUGCUUCAUUAGUAGUUUAUCAGAUCCCACUGUCUCAAUCAAUGAAUAAGGUCUUUGCUACAACUACACUUGCAACUCUGCUAACCAAGUUAUUAUUUAAGUUGGAAGCAACUAAGUUACCUGCUCUUAAAACAAUUAAGUUGUUACCAUUCCUAACUGGCGUGGUUCUCUUAAGUGCCCUGAAAAGCUUGACUAAUUCUGCAAUUACAAGAAGGUAUGUCCUAACUUCUGUUCUUCUAACGGUUACUGUGAUAACGGUGUCUGUAAAUGUAUUUCAGGUUUCAAGGGAGCUGACUGCAGUCAAACUGCUUGA